AUGUAUUGUCCGUUUAUCAACGCGUUCGAUGACAGCAUUACCCAACCGCAUACCGAUCGGCAGUUGCUUACAUAUAGUGGUGCAAGAGGAUGUGUGAAGAAACGAAGACGGAAGCGUAACGUUUGUCCGUCUACCAUCAUCAUCGUCAUCAUCACAUCAGUGUUCAACACCGAUGCUUCGCUGCCGUACAACCAUGAUUUAUCUGAAAGCCUUAUUGUGAAGGAAGGAAUAAAGGCGGAUGGAGGAGGAGUGCUGGCUUAUCACAAUCAUUCCGAGGUGCCUACACCUCCAGACAUUUACGCAGGCAAUUUGGAUAGGAACAGCAAGAAUUCCACUGGCAGCCAUAUCUUGUAG